AGUGGUCUUCGACCCCGGACCUGAGCCCGGCGCCACGCCAGGUGCCUCCACCUCUCUGCGUCUUUGUGCAUUUUGCUUCCUUUUGCAAUAAACGUUCUUCCGAGAAAUUCCAAGGGGAUCGCAUCCAAGCGGAGGGGGAAGGGAUCCUGCCCACGCCUGGGGAGACCGAAGGGCACCGCUCCCCGCGCCACGCAAGCCGCCCGAGCCCAGAGUGCGGACACCCCAGGGAUGUGAGUGCGCCCCCCGAUCCCGAGGCCCGCGCUCCUCGCCCCACCCGCGGCUUGCGCCCCAGAGGACCUUCGCCCGGAGACCCCGCGCCGGCCCCAAGCCCGCCCGGAGCAUGCUGCCUGCAGCCAUGAAGGGCCUCGGCCUGGCGCUGCUGGCCGUCUUGCUGUGCUCCGCUCCCGCUCAUGGCCUGUGGUGCCAGGACUGCACUCUGACCACCAACUCCAGCCAAUGCACCCCGAAGCAGUGCCAGCCGUCCGACACGGUGUGUGCCAGUGUCCGAAUCACCGACCCCAGCAGCAGCAGGAAGGAUCACUCGGUGAACAAGAUGUGUGCCUCCUCCUGCGACUUCGUCAAGCGGCACUUUUUCUCAGACUAUCUGAUGGGGUUUAUUAACUCUGGGAUCUUAAAAGUCGACGUGGACUGCUGUGAGAAGGAUUUGUGCAAUGGGGGGGCCGGUGCAGGGCACAGCCCCUGGGCCCUGGCUGGGGGGCUCCUGCUCAGCCUGGGGCCUGCCCUCCUCUGGGCGGGACUCUGAGGUCUUCUCCUUCCCACAGGGCUUCUAAGCUUGCUCCCCUGAGCCUGUGGCUGCCCCCUCCCUGGCCUAGCCUGGCUGGAGCUGGGGGCAGCCUUGGCCCAGCUCCGUGCCUGUGGCCAGUGGCUCUCUCUCCUCCCCCAGUGUGAAGCCUCCCUGUCUCUCCGCCAGCUCUGAGUCCCGGGCAGCUGGACAACCCCGGGGAACCCAGCCAUCUGGGCAGGAGACCUGGGGAGGAGGGCAGGGGGUUGGGACCCCAGGUCCCGGAGGGGAAGUGAAGCAACAGCCUAGCUGGAAGGGCAUCUUCUACAGAGAAAUAAAGUCACUUUUGCGUCCUGA